UUGCAGAUCACAUAUCAUAAUCUGGUUGAACGUGUUUAUUGGGUGGGCAUUAAGUUCCUCGACGAAGUUCAUUCAUCAUUGACUAAAGAUCUCUCUGAAUGUGGUAUUCAGGCAAUUGUUGAGGAUGGUAAUGAGGCUUUAGUUUUAAUCAGAAAUGUGGUAACAUGCAUUUUACGCGCUAUUACACAUGCGUUACAAACACAAGAUUUAUUUUUAUUUCCUCACGUAUUAUGGACUAUAUUUGUUGAUUCUGUGCCAUCAUUGAGGCAGUAUUUGAAUGGCGACUGUUAUUCAACAAAGCUGGAGGGUACCAUUAACUUGGAAGUUGCGAAGCAGUUUUUUCUUAUGCGAUAUAAAUUGGAAGAAUUCUUGAAUAAAACGCAUCGGAUUGCAAAGGUUUAUAUGAAGUUACAUGAUGAAUUGAGGCGAUGUAUGACAGUAAACAAUGCGCACACUAAUAUGUACGAGGAAAUCUGCAAUAAAGAAGCCGACUUGAAGAAUCGCUGGAGCGCUCUUGAGGCAGAUGGUGAUCGCGGAAGUUUGAUCAGAGAAGGAAGUAAAGUUUGUGAUGAAUUGUUACACAAAUUUCCUCUGCUGGAGUCUUGUGACCCGUGUUUGUACAGAAAAGCAGUCGAACAGGCCGCGAAAGCUUUUAAUGAGGUUAUUGAUGUGAUUAAAAAGAGUGACGCUACGAUAAAGAAACGGCAAAAGUCACUUGAAGCUGCGCGCUACGCAGUAGAAUUCUUAGAUUACAAAAAAAGCAUCUCUAUGUUACUUACAGUCGAUCUUCAUGAAAUGGAAAGAAUUGUAGGCGUUAAAACUUUCAACAUAAAUCGUCUUACAGCUCAAUUUGAACGAGCGAAGAAAAUUCGAGAGCGAGUUGAAUGCAGUUUAUCUGAGGCAAUCCUAAGGAACGAGAAGAUGCAGCAGCGAUUGGAAGAAGGGUUUAAUGUUGUGGAAAUAGAUCCGGUAAAUCUUCAGAAGGAAGUAGACAGUUUUUCCGUCGCUCUUAAUGGAUUUCGCACUCACGCUGAUGAAAUAUUUAGUGUAUCGGUGCAAGCUGUAGAGGCACGCAAAGCAGUGGAUAAGGCUUAUGAUUGGGCUCUUUUAUUCGCUAAAAAGGGGGACAAUCAAGCAGAAGUAGACGGGCUAGUUUCGUCAUUUCCUAUGGGGUCGUUGAAAGUACUGAAGCGUAGUUUGGCAAAAGGAACUUUAGAAGAAGGAGUUUCAAAAGAGGUGGUUAGUCUGAUGGAUGACAUUGUGGCCUCCGUGCGUAAAAUUUCUGGAGAUUCAAAUUUGGGACCGGAACUUGAAAACUGGUCCUCUCUUGACAGUAGGGAGAGUAGACUUGAGUUUGCCCAAAGUGAAGCAGCGUUGAACGUUAAAGAUUUGUCUCGAAAGCAGUCGUCUGUUUCAAUGAAUGAGAAAGGCAACGGCCAACAGGCUUUUGGUUCUAACGGAGAAAGUGCUACUACAGACCUUCAGUUGGGCUUAGAGGAUAGGCUGUCUUUACUGUUCAACUCAGCCAGCUUGUCAUCUUCGUUUACAUCGUUGCCGUCUUCAAAUAAUCAUUCUGCGGCGUCAUUGAUCUCACCAAAUAAUGAUCAUUGCGUUGAUAUGUUAUUGCCUUUCGAGCAGCCGUGUUAUCCGCGACCUUUGACAACUGGCGUAGCCGACUUUCCCAAUUCAUCUGAGACCAAGUUAGUAUUGUCGACAGCUUUAGGAAUCUCAACUGCUUCAGAUGCUACAGAUGCAUCACACUCUUCUGCGAUCUCUCCAGUUUCUGAAAAUGGUCCGGUUAGGGGAUUGUCGAGCUCGAUUAGUUCACUUUCGGAGCGCGUAAGUUCCAAUCAGUUGAAUGGCGUUACUGACGAAAUUGAAGGAGAUUCAAAUUCGGAUAUUUUUGAAGCCAGAUGUUCUAGUCCAGCUCCAACGCAAUAUGAAAUUCCAAUAUCAAAAUCUAAUGGAUCAGACUAUGACGGAGCAGAGGAAAUGAGUUGUGAUGAGGAAAGUGGAAUACGGUGGCGGCGUAAUUCGUGGUCCUCUUUGCCCAGAGUCGACGAGCGGUUAAGCAUUGAUGAGUGUGCAAUUGGGGGGGCACCUUUAACGCUUGAUUUGACUGAUAAGGUCAUCACUUGUAUGUCAUCUAAUACUCUGAUCAAAAGGUUGGGACAGCGGCGUUCGGUUAGUGGAUUUCCUUCGCGACUGCCAAAUCCAUUUCUUGUCAAUGGUGGUGCCCGUCCUGGUUCUGCUCGCUUUUCAUCCACUUAUAAAACACGUCCGACUCUUUCUCGAAUAUUUCCGAUUGAUCAGGACAGAUUCUCUGUCGCUAGCUCCUCGCAAACUGUGACUGACGACACGUCUUAUUCAUCGGAGGUCAUCUACUCCAAUGUUCCUUUAACUCAUUCUGUCUUUGAUAUUCCUCUGCGGUCUGAACAAAUUGAGUAUAUUCGUAACGCUUUAAAUCCAUCAAAGACAAGUAAUGCCAAUUUUCGCAUCGAAUGUACAGUUAUUCGCGACUUGUUGGACAGUGAGAUCGAUUAUGUCAAGUCGCUCCGUAGUGUUGUUCAGGAUUUCAUCCCGGAAAUGACUCGUGAUGAUCUGCCUGCAACUUUACGUGGUAAAAAGUCGCAGCUUUUCGGUAACAUUGAAAAGCUGUUUCAGUUUCACGCUCACGUUUUUCUUCCUCAACUGAUAUCGAGACUCAGGUUCCGCCCUACUGAAGAUUCAUUGUCAUUGACAGUAGGCAGCUUAUUUGUCGAGCAUGCUAUGUCAUUCAACUUAUAUUCGCUUUACGCAAAGAAUAAGCCGAAAGCAGAUGCGUUAAUGCGUGAAAGUGGUGGCUCUUUCUUCUCCUCAGUGAAGGGUUCCAAGGAUGUUACGAAUCUGUUAGUUCGUCCAAUUGAAAGAAUAGGCAAAUAUACACUUGCACUUCAGCAGUUACUGAACGCAGCUUCACCCAAUAGGAUGGAGAUUUUGGAAGUUUUGCAUAAAGCUGUGAAUGUUGUUAGUUUCCAAAUCCGUCAUGGGGCAAAUCUCCUAGCAAUGGAGAGGAUAACCGGAUGUGAUUUAAACCUUCGAGAGCAAGGUGCUUUGCUGAGAAAUGACACGAUGUGUGUUACUGAGAAACGUGGCUUGUAUGCGAAGAAGAGGAUGCGUAGCGUUUUUUUAUUCACAAAUUCUGUCGUAAUAACGAAGCCUCGUCUUCGCAAGGAUCACUUAGGAAGGUCUUACGAUGAGUUGAGAUAUAAAGCCAGUAUUCAGGUGAUUAUGCAUUGUGGGCUUACCGAAAUGGUGAAAACGUCGAAAACCAAAUUUGAACUUUGGUUCCGCAAACAAACUGCUUCUUUCACCUACGUCAUGGAGACUCAGUCUCCUUGUAUCCGUGAUUUAUGGGUCCACGAUAUCCGCAGUCUCUUGUGGAAGCAAGCGAUUAAAAGUCGAGAGGAUAGUUUACUUGAGAAAGCAAAUAUGGGAAUUGGAAGUCUUCCUGCUUCUAUUUUUCCUUUAGCUCCGCUUCCGACGUCAGUGGUAUUACGGAAUCGUGAUUGGGGAGAUGGCUCACGACGUCCUUGUUCACUUAUAUCUUUAACUGCUUCUUCUUGCUCCAGCUCUAACAAUGUUAUACUUCGUGGGUCUAGUGCGCAUGGCUAUGGAACUGGCGAAGUUAUCGCGAGCGAUCUUGGAAGGCUUGAGGAGAUUGAAGAGUGUGAUAUUCAUACAAAAGAUUACUCUUGUUCACUUCCACGAUAUAAUGCUCCUCCUCCUCCUGAAGUUUGA